CAACUAUAAAAUAAAAACAAAAUUAAUUUGAUUUUCGUUUUAAAACCGGCAAAAUCUUUAACUCAAAAAAAUGAAUAUUUCCAAUUUAAACAAUCACAAUGCAAUUCACGUCGAAGUGAAACUUAAACCUGGGAAUACUCGAAUAGAAGCAAUUGAAAGUCAGUUAAGGAGCGAGCUGGAUUUUAUUUUUGAAAACAACAAGAAUUUCAAUUUGUCUGGUGGCGAAGUACCUUUGAAUGAACGAAGUGGACCAACUAUCCAAACGCACGUAGAAAGUAUAUGGAUCGAUGAAAAUAGUUCUCCCAGGGUCGAUUCUGCACUAAAAUAUCACAUCUACCGACCUCACCAACGGAAUGUCGAAGUCGAAAUGUUCCAGGGUGACCAAGAAGGGGACAGCGAAGAAGUUCCUGCUUCCAAUCACUGGCUCCUACCUUCGCAUUCAUUCGUUGGUCUGUGGGAGAACCUCAUCUAUGAGGAGAACCUUAAAGAAAAUCUUUUGAAGUUCGCAGAAUCCUCAUUGGUUUUCUCUGCUCACAAUGUAAACCAGAAUGUCAUAUGUUGUAAUAGGAUUGUCUUGCUGCAUGGACCUCCAGGCACAGGCAAAACAAGUUUAUGCAAAGCCAUCGCCCAGAAACUCUCCAUCCGCAUGCUCUCAACGUACAAAUUCACUCAUUUGAUAGAGAUCAACAGCCACAGUCUGUUCUCCAAGUGGUUUUCGGAAAGUGGCAAACUUGUAAUGAAACUGUUUACAAAAGUUAGAGAAAUUAUCGCCCAGCCAAAAUCCCUAGUUUGCGUUCUUAUCGAUGAAGUAGAAUCAAUAGCCUAUGCAAGAGAAUCAAUGUCUGGUCAGGAGCCUAAGGAUGCCAUGCGUGUUGUAAAUGCUCUACUAACCCAGCUCGAUAGCAUCAAAGAAUCUCCAAAUGUAUUGAUCUUAGCCACAUCUAAUUUAGCUUCCAACAUUGAUCUAGCCUUCCUUGAUCGCGCUGAUAUAAAACAGCACAUCGGGCUGCCAUCUGUCAGGGCGAUCUAUCAAAUUUACAUUUCCAUGUUGCGAGAAUUGAUGAGAGUCGGAAUGAUCAAGACUGAAUACAUCCCACAAUACAAUGACGACAACUGCAACGAUGAUUUGCUUUGCCUGGCGAAACGAAGUGUCGGAGUUAGUGGAAGGACUUUGAGGAAGCUCCCAUUUCUGGCACAUGCCAUUUUCAUGCACAACGUCAACGAUUCUAUCGACUUGGAAAGAUUUAUUCAAGCCAUGAAAUUAGCUCUGGAGAAGCAUUUGGAGGACCAAAGGCUUUUGCAAGACAAAGCUAAUUGAGGCAAUACUCACAUCCAUUUUUUACAUUUAUUGUUUAUUGCUUAUAAGAUAAAAUACGAUCAAAACUA